UUACUGUAGGUGCAAGACUGCAGUUCAUCUUGGGCCACGUUAGGCCCUCGGUCUGGACUGAAGCUCACUGACUCAGGACCCCUGAAUUUUUGACAGCACCUCAUCCACAGCCCAGGCUUUCUGCUUUGCCAUGGGUUGGCCCUGGGCCCUGCUGACAGCACUUUGGGCACUGGGGGCCGUGGGGACCACAGCACUGCGCAUUGGAGCCUUCAACGUUCAGAGCUUUGGUGACCACAAAGGGUCAGAUCCGGAUUGUUGCAGUGUUAUAGCACAGAUCCUGGCUGGCUAUGACAUCGCCCUGGUGCAGGAGGUGCGAGACCCAGACCUAAGUGCGGUGUCUUUGCUCCUGGAGCAAAUUAACAGCGUGUCCAAGCAUGAGUACAGUUUUGUGAGCAGCAAGCCACUUGGCCGUGACCAUUACAAGGAAAUGUAUCUGUUUGUCUACAGGAAAGAUGCAGUGUCAGUGGUGAGCACCUACCAGUACCCAGACCCAGAGGAUGUCUUCAGCCGGGAGCCUUUUGUGGUGAAGUUCUCAGCUCCCAGCUGUGGUGAGGCUGAUAGCGCCCCCUCCCUCCCAGACCUAUUUUCCAGGCUUUUCCUGACUCUCAAAUCCCCACUUUCCACAGCUGCCAAGGAGCUAGUGCUGAUCCCUCUGCAUGCAGCACCACACCAGGCGGUGGCAGAGAUUGAUGCCCUCUACGAUGUAUACCUUGAUGUGAUUGACAAGUGGAGCACGGAUGACAUGCUGUUUCUGGGUGACUUUAAUGCUGAUUGCAAGUAUGUGAAGGCACAUGACUGGGCAUCAAUCCGCCUGCGCAGUAGUGAGGUGUUUAAGUGGCUCAUCCCAGACAAUGCGGACACCACGGUGGGCAACUCAGACUGUGCCUAUGACCGGAUAGUAGUGAGUGGUGCCCACCUGCGCAGGAGCCUGAAGCCCCAGUCAGCCACAGUUCACAACUUUCAGGAGGAAUUUGGCCUAGAUCAGACCCAGGCUCUAGCCAUUAGCGACCAUUUUCCUGUGGAAGUGACCCUCAAGCCCCACUGACAGCCAGAAUAUGCCACCUGCAGACUCUGGCCAGGGCCAGCUGGUGUGGACA